GGUAUAUAUUGUAACAAAAUAUCUUGUGAAAUUAUUUACCCGUAAAACAAUAUGUCUGAAGAAAUAAGUACUGAUUCAUCUGACACUAGUUCGAUUGAAGAUAGUCAAUUAAAGAAAAUUCAAAUUGAGAUUAACUUUAGUAAAGCUUUCACCAAUCAGCUAGCGGAACAAGUUGCGGGCAGAAUAUACAACAAACUGUGUUUAAAUAACGAAGUUCUAAAAGGUUUCUUAGCACGUGAUGCAUGUGGAUCCACGGACAACAUCGAAACUUUACCGUGCAAUGAGAGCGAUGAUACCACUUCAGAAUGCGUAAAAUUUGUACCAGAGGAAAUUAAAAACUCAAGUGACAGUGAUAUAAUGCAAGCACAGUUGGUUGAUGCAUACAUUUCCGAUGAUCAUGUGGCAUAUGUUACUUCUGAUAGUUCCAAUGAAGAUUUAAUCCAUAGUGCAAAAGAUCGUCAUCCAUCUGCUAACGGGCGUAAGGCAAAAAAGCGUAAGGCGAUAAAAACUCGCAAAGUGGCAAAAAAGCGUAAGUUGAAGAAAGAGUACGAUGAGGAUUAAAUACUGAAGAACUGCAACUUCUUUGAUAUUAGCCGCA